GGUUCAAAGUCAAUGUUGAGACCGAUGAUUAAUGGAUUGGCGGUGUCAUAGUUUUCAUCUUUGAAAAGAAAUAACUCGAAUGAAAUGAGUUGAUAAUUCAUUACUCUUUGUUUCUUUUAUUUUCCCAACAGAGCUCACCGGACUGCAGAAUAUUAGUCGACACAAUGAGGCUUUCAGGGUUGCAGAAGGAAGUCUUGUCGCUAUACCGGAGUACACUCCGUGAGAUUCGAAAGAAGCCCGAGCAACGGCGAUUCAAGACCACUCGGCAACACUUUCGUGACUUUGCGAGAGCCGAGUUUGACAGGAAUCUGGCCAUCGACAAGCGUGAUUUUGCAGCUGUCGAAUAUCUUCUUCGCAAGGGCCGCCGUCAGCUUGAAACAUACUCUGCACCUGGGAUCAAAGAUAUCAGGCGAUGA